AUGGCAGUAGGUAAAAUGAACGUGUCUGCUAAUCCGGACGCUGCUGUUCCAGUGGAAUCUAACCAUCCACACGACAAAGAGGCUCAAGAGAAGAAAGUUACAGCAGAUUCGCACGCUACUGAUUCGCAGCAACCCGCUCCGUCUUCCCGAUCAGGUGGAAAGAUAUUUAUAGGGGGCAUUUCAUGGGAAACGAAAACAGAGGACUUGAUCGAGCAUUUCAAGCAGUAUGGAACCAUCGUGGAUGCGGUGGUUAUGAAGGAUCGGGUAACCGGCCGACCACGUGGUUUUGGAUUUGUUACUUUUGAGGAUCCCUCGGCGUGUGAUAAAGUUGUGGAGGAUCAACACGUCAUCGGCGGCCGAGCGGUAGGUGGUGUCAGCUUCCAUCAUCAUAACAAUCUGCAAAGAGAAUGUGCUCGUUGA